ACGUUGGUUCGUACGAUGAGUCACGUGUAAAUAACUGACGCGCGUAACCCAUAUAUCACCUUUCAAUGAUUGCGCUCCCCGCUAUAGUUUUGCUUUGAGUGUCACUUCAUUUUUAUGAGCAUAUGCUUAUUUCUAUUAUGUUCUUUUUCUCGUCACAGGCGAUUUUUCAAAACUCUGUUAUUGUUUAAGAAAGAUACGCUGCCUUCUGCUAGAGCUAGCAAUUUUCCGAAACUCGGUUCGCUGUCGAUAUGUCAGUCUAUCUCCCAGUGGACCCGAAUUGUGAAUGAGACUGCUAACGCUUUAAAUUAUUUGUACGCGUCACGCCUAAAUAUAAAAGUUAGAUCUAUUUUCUCUACCCAUGAAGUGAUUCAUCCAUCUGAGUAGUUUCCGGUUGAAGCUGUGUCAAAAAACAUGCGAAAAUGCGGCCAAACCAAAAAGCCGUAGUGCAAUUCCAGGUCAAAAUGUGCUCCAUCGCACGUCCGCUGGAAACAAGGCCUCGAAUCUGCUUACUAGAGUGCUGAUCAUCGUUACCUUCUACAGAGGGAGCACCUGGUGCCACCUGGUACCAAUGCCAAGCUGGCAUUGCGGAAGCUAGUUGGCAAAAAACAAAACAAAAAACUGAAAGUUAGAAAAGCAGGCAUUCAGAGAACAGUACUCCACAGAGACCAAAAAGCGCUCUGUAUAUGCACUCGGCGCCGCAGCGACGGUUCAAAGCAGGCAUCGAGAAAAUACUGCACUUGCGUCGCACGCCUUGAACCUGAGUCCCCAUUGUGCCUGCCAUGAGUGCACAACGGUGUGUGGAAACCGGCAAGCCGCAUACGGAGAUCAGUGAAACGUCGCGCUGCGAUGCAGGCAGUUUUCCCGUUAAGAAGACAACGGUGAAGGCGAUGAUAAAGGAUGGUGUCAUCCACUCACCCUAUCCGGACGUCCACGUUCCAUCGAGCUCACUGUUCGCCCUCCUUGCCGAGCGAAUGCUGAAAAGCGGAGACAAGGCAGCGAUUCUGUACCGUGAAAAGCCGAUAUCCCACGUCGAGUUGCUGCAGCGCUUUCGAUCGUGCGCGGCUGGCAUGCAAGUUCUGGGUCUCGGCAGGGGAGACCGCGUCUACGCGCGCUUCUGCAGUUCCAGCGUCGAUGGCCUGGUCGUUUUGUGCGCCGCAAUCUUCACUGGAGCCACGGUCAUCCUCGCCGGAGACUUCACGCAAGCGGAGCACCUGGCCAGCAUCAAAUCUCUGGACAUCACGCACCUCCUCAUCGAUUCGGGAACAGCCGAUAGAAUAAUUCCUCUGCUCCCGGAGCUGAAACUCAAGGGCAAGUUGUCUGUGGACCAGUUGCCGGGAUUCGCGUGGGUGUCGUCUCCGCAGUGGGCUAACGAGGCGUCCUUCCACGAUCACUGGGUCGCCACAUACGAGGACGAUGUUGCCCUAAUCGCAUACAGCAGCGGGACAUCCGGCCUUCCAAAGAACAUCGAAAUACCACAACGAUGCCUCCUCUAUUGCCUCGUCGCUGCCGAGGCCACUCAGCCACUGACGUCCGACGACAUAUGCGUCACUGGUGCCAACAUAUGCACGUACAUUGGUUUCACGCUCUACCUCAAGGGGCUCCACCUUGGCGCCACAUUCCUGAUGAUGGAGCAACGCCAGCGCAUACACGGCCUCGCCGACGCAAUUGUCAGACAUAAGGUGACGUGGUUCAUGAGCCCACCUCUUCGCGCUCUCGGCUACGCGCGGCAAGUGCUCCAGAGUGGCGACGGCCCUCCACCGUCGCUCAAGAGCAUCUUACUCGCGGGGGCUCCUCUGUCGGCGGCCGUCGCUCAAGAAGUGGUGGCCGCGUUGCAUCCCGACGAAAUGCGCAACGCGUACGGCACUACGGAGACCAGCGGCAUUCUGACUCUGCCUCCACCGGGAGAACGCUGCUACGACAACGUCGGGUUUCCGUUGCCCGGAACCAGGGUCAAGGUCAUUGACGCUGGAUCUGGUGCAGUAUUGGGACCUAUGAAAGAAGGCGAAAUUCUAGUGCAUUCUCCUUCGACUAUGAAAGGUUACUACAAUAUGGCUGCAGAAACGAACGCUGUUAUCGAUGCGCAAGGAUGGUUCCAUACAGGCGAUGUCGGCUUCUACGAUGAGGACGGCCGCCUGUACCUGGUUGACCGGGUAAAGUUCACGCUGGACUGCUUUGGCAAAAAAGUGAGUCCCUGCGAAAUCGAGGACUGCCUCAUGGAACACCCAGACGUAACCGAAGCCGCCGUGCUGGGCGUGCCUCAUGUAGACGCUGGCGUGCUGCCUGCCGCCAUCGUGGUUAUCCGGCCCCGUUGCGAGGACAGGGGCGAAGAGCUGGCAGAAGAACUCAAGAUCCACGUCGCGGCUCAUCUGUCCCCAUGGAAGCACCUUUACGGUGGAGUCUACUUCGCCGACGUCAUUCCAAGAACCGAGACGGGAAAGAUACAACGGCGCGACUUACCCACACUCAUUCUUUCACUGCGAAGACUCGACCGCGAGUCAGCGUUGCCAAUCAUAAAGUAAUUGUCAUAUAUUAAAGCCUUUUUUUUUGUCACUUUCAGCGCUCUGUAUAGAGUAAUAGGGCCUUCAGGUUAUCUUUCGUCCAGAUGCAAGCGUUUUUUAUUUUAAUCUUGUACAGCGUAAAUUCAAUUAAUGGCUCUAAUAACGCCCUCCGAUGUGCGCAAUCUGCACGAAUUGUUGCUAUUAGAACUGUAAACACACAUAUCGUCAAGUCGGAAACUCUGUUUUUAGAAUAAACACGGCUUUUCUAAACGAA